UUCAUCCUACAGAUCCAAACCGACUUGAUUUAAUAAUACCUGGGGAGCAGCAUUUCUAUGUGAGAGGUGCCACACCAGCAGAGAGGCAGCAGUGGUUGGUAGCACUUGGAACGGCUAAAGCUUGUCUUGCUGAUUCCAGAAAGAAAAAUGAUAGAGGAGAGCCCCCAGAAACAUUGAGGUCAAAAAUGUCUGAACUGAGGCUAUAUUGUGAUUUGUUAAUGCAACGUGUUGCCACUGUCAAAAUGGCUGCAAAGUCUGAAGGAACUUCAACUAAUGAGCGACUGAACGAAUCAACAUCAUUGUUGUCGGAAACAUGUGACACAUUCAUCAAGACAUUACAGGACUGUAUGAACAUCGCUGACGAAACGUUUAGCCCCCAAAUUAACAACAGUAUGAUUACAGACAGUGCUCUUCCCCCCUCCCUCACAUCUGAUAAGAGUAAACAAAGCUGGAGUUUCAGUAUGGCAUCAAAGGAAAUGCCUUAUACCCCUCCCAAUUUGGAUAAGAAAAAACAUCUUUAUAAGUCUCAUUCUAUUGAUGACAGAUAUACACCACCAAUUAAAAACUGUCCUGGAGUGCGUACUCGUUACCGAAAUCUUGAAGAGAUCGCAUCAACCCGCCCUCGAUAUCAGCGUACACAUAGUUCUCCAUCAUCUGGUCAAAUAUCUCCUAGAGCCAAUGAAAACCAGGGACAUAAUUUAUCAGAAAAACAGCCAAAGUCGCCUGACAGCGAAUCACGUGUGGCAAUGAAUGACGUGGCUAAACCAAAUGGGAUUCACACACCAACAUCCGCAAGAAAUAGUCAUUCUUCUAGAACAUUAGAUUUUGAAAAGACUGAAAAAAUACCUAAUUUCUUCUCAUCAAUUCCAUGCAGUUUUUCUGAUAUUAAAUUAGGAGCGGAUUUCAGUAUACCAACAGACAUUUUCUUAAAUGCAUGUGUCUCAGUCGUUGGGUUUUUUGAUGCGCUAAAUUCUUCAGCAUUCACUCCAGUUAAAAUGGAUGUAAAUGGUAAUAUUAAGAAAUUACAGCAAAAAUACUCAACAGAUCCUGUGGCAUUUGAUACUCUACAAAAGAUAGUAAUGCAAGAGAUUGACAAUAACACUACCCAAGUAAAGAACUCCGCUACUGAUGCACUCAUGUGGUUAAGAAGGGCACUUAGUUACAUCUGUGAAUUUCUUACGGACAUCAAGAAUGGUCAACGAGAUCUGAGUGUUGCUGCUAACAACGCAUACGCAAAAACACUCAAGCAAUAUCAUGGAUGGGUGGUCAGGGGCGUAUUUGCUCUGGCAGCAAAAGCAGUACCAACGUAUGGUGACUUCAUCCGCUUUGUUUCUGUCGAUGAGGAUGACGUUGAGAAACCUGAAUAUGAACGGCAACUCCUGGAGAGUGUUGAUGAGACUGUUACCGCAAUGAGUGUUGUUAUCGACGUCUUAGUUGAUUUCUAUAACCACCAUGAUGUUGAGGUUAAAGCUGUUUAUUGAUUUAUCAUAUUGAAUAAUAUUAAUAUUGUAAUAAUAAAAAUUAAAAUGUUCAAACAAUUUGAUCUGUUUUCUGUAUACAGUAUAUUAAAACAAUAAAUUUAUCGAUAUAAAACCAAUACUGUUGUUCCUCUGGUAUAAGCUCACCCACAUUGAGCACAAAAUUGGGUCGAUUUUGGGGGUGGGUGGGAAAUCCCAUUUAAAAAAAUAACUGUACUAAAAUGUCAGGGGAUGGCCAAUUAAAAGUUUUUUCAGCACUGCAUGUCUAAUUCAAAUCCAAUCUUAGAUUUUAUUUUUUCGGAAAGUAUUUGCAAAACUAGCAGAUCUACUCAUUCUAAUCAUUUGCUUUUGUCAGAUGAAAGGCUGGUGCAUAAAAUUUGGUAUAAAUUAGAGGGUGGGGCUUAUACCUGAAAUGGGUGCAUACCCAAAGAACUAGAGUAAAUAUCUCACAGCCAGAUGAAAUCUUGACAUGAUGAAGGCUUGAGUUGACAUCAAUUGGGAUUGUUUUUACAGGUAAAUAGUUGUUUUAUGAAGAUAAUAUUUAGUAUUUAUUUAGCAUCUUGUAAAGAUUGUGCUUACAACUUUAUUAUGUAUAUCAAUUGGAGUGGAGUUGAAUAGCUUGGCAGUUAAGGUGCUUGCCUUCCAAUCCCAGGGUCCUGGGUUCAAUUCCUGUCAUGUCAACAGGAUUUUUUCUCACGACCAAAAACAACUCCACUCCCCUAACACUCAUAAUGAGGCUUAGUGUAUGUAAAGCAUCUUGUUUGCAUGUUUGUCUUGUGAAAGGAUUGCCACUUCAAGAAUGAUUAAGCUCACCAUUGGCAUAUCCUUGGCCCUGAGCCUAAAAAUUUGUAAAAAAAAAAUUCAGAUUGAUAUUGAUAAACAAUAGUGUAAGAGGUGUCUUCACAAAAUGAGUCUCUUGGUAUAAAACAUGAAACAGUUGUUUAUAUAUUGAUACUUGUAUAUUCUGGUAGAUGACAUCAUAAGCUUUAUUUUGGUCUUUGCAUUAGGUUUUCUAAUUCAGAUUCCUGAAAAAUUAAGAAAGCUCACUACCGUUGAAACCAUAAAACCCCACUUUUGUAAAAAUAUGAGUUCAUCCAUAUUUCACACAAUUCAUUUUGUCAUGACACCUCACAUACAUAACAGUAUACAAAUAGUGUGUUAAUUAAACAAAAUCAAUUUCUUCACAAAAUACUGUUCUUAAGGUGGGGCCAAUAAGUUCUAAUAAAAAAUUAAAAAAAAAAAACAUAACGUAAACUAAUGUUAAAUGCACAGUGCUUCUAUGAUGUAAGAGCCGAUCAAAAUACUCUGGCACAUGGUCAAACCAUUCCGUCUGCGGCAGCCUUUUACACCACUGUGCCAACUUAAAAUGUAUGUCUAUGUGUUAAAAUUUUGUAUUAUUAUUAUAUUACUCAGAAUUUGCGCAGUACUUGAGUUAAAGAAGUUUAUUAUUAAGAAGAUAUUUAUAGAUUAGAAAGCCUUGAUGAUAGCACAUGCUUUGGUUUAAAGCCUCAAAUAGUGGACUGUUUGGUUACAUUAGUAGUACUGUAACCACUUUCCUUUGCAAUUGUUAAUAGUGGUAUGUCCUUGCCAAUGCUUAAUGAAUACAGUUUUAUUUAUGUUUGAACUUUGAUCCUUUUUCUGAUUUGUGCAUGAAGAUUUAUGGGUGUUUGAUAUUUAUAAGGCAGGUGAAGGAAUUUAAAAUGUUGAUGAAACAUUUGAUAUUAUUAUUUUGACUUUAUUAUAUUAAUUUAUAUAUUACUUUGUUAUUUUAAGAACUUUAAUAUUCUGAUACAUUCCUCCAUUUAUUUUUUAAUAAUUUUUAAAAGAAUUUUAGUAGGAAAAUUGUAUAAUUGCCAAAAACUAUAUACAUGGUACAAUAUAGACGAUAAACUGUCUUGCGGAUGCAAAACAGUUCAGAGUUUACAUCCACUAAGUUGUAUGAAAGCAACUGCCUGGGGGUAGACCUGCAUGUAUAUGUAUACUGUACUCUAUAGGUCAAUGGGCAUGACACUUGCCUUCAUAGCUAGAGGUUGCAGGUUCGAUUCCCACCAGAGACACUUUUUUAUACAACUGAAGAAAAGGAACUUUUUGUUGAAGUGCUAUGCUUGAUAUGAUUGUAACAUCUUCAUCUUAUUUGACUAUGUGUUAUCCCGAUGAAACCAAUAGAGACUGCUGACAAAAGCUUGAGUAAUAAACAAUUUAAGUUGGUCUAUAAA